AUGUGCUUACAAUGUGGCUUUGCGUUGUGUUCAGCGUGCCAACUGGCUACACAUACCAAGGGUCGAUUUCGCCAGCAUGAAGUUUUGCCGGUAGAGAAGGCGUGGCAACGCGGUCCACGAAAGUGUUCAGCACACCCUGAUCAAACUUUAGAUCUGUUUUGCCAAACAUGCCAGGUGAGUGGGUGCAUUACAUGCUGUUUCAAGGGAAGCCAUCGGGGUCAUGUUGUGGUGCCGCUUCCUGAAAUCGCGACAGAGACGAAGGAAGCCAUGGAAAAUCACCUUGUACUCCUUACAAGUGCAGCUCGUGAUGCUGCAUCCGUUGAACAAGGAGCCAAGCUGCUGUUGCCAAUGUACAAGGAUCGAUUAAACGAUGUGCGGGGACAGGUUACCUCUGCUUUUGCAGCGUUGCGGGAGGCACUCCAACAGCGCGAGACGUUUCUUUUGGAGCAACUUGAUGCAUCCUCGCAGCGUGUCCAAAGCACUAUCGAGAAGCAUGCAAAUGUAGCGUUAACGAUCGCGACUGCUUUUCGGACGAGCCACGAUGGCCUCCAGAAGCUUCUUGACACGCUUAAUCCUGUAUCCCUUAUGGAUUCAGCUGCAAGAAUUCGGUGUAGCUACGAUGCAGUGUCUUCAUUUUUGAACCAGCAAAUACGUGCAGUUGAGGGGUUCACCACUAAGCUGGGCACACAGCUUAGGGAUCCAGAGGCACGUGAGCGUCUUGCCUCCUUCUUGCUCUUUCCUAACUCACAUCUUGCGACCCCUGCAGAGAACGAAACGUCUCUGUGUGAAUACAAGGAGCUACUUUCUCAUCUUGGACAUUUGGAGUUUAUAGACGAUGUUGAGUCUUCGUGGAACACGUCACAGACACUUGCAGAAGACACAUGGGUAGAUCAUGUCGGUCUGAGCUUGGAUAGCGUAAAUGCCGUAGUAGGGGUAAAUUCCACAAAGGAUACUGCUACUAAACAUCCGACAACUCAAGCCACAUCAGUGAAGGUGUGUGGUAAGGGUGCUCACAACCUCGGCCUUGACAUUGGAUUCUCCUCUAUAGAGGUCAGUCGAGGAGAGGGCAUUCAGUUAUCAGCGAUCGAUCCUCGCAAAGUACACAUUUUAGGCCAGGAAGGUGCCCUGCAGGGUAAAGCGAUGACAUCGGAGGAGGAACGGUCUAUUUUCCACUUCGCAAGAAAUCAUGAUGCUCAAAAGGAUUCGCGGGACUUCAUGGUAGAACAACUUAAGGAGGUAGUAAAUACACAGAAUUCAAGUUUUUAUCCAAGAAAGCGGCCUUAUCCUCUCAGCAAAACUGCACAUGACAACAUCAACAAAUCGUCUCAGAUCUCACAGUUGGUCCCGCAAGGACCUGAUUUGUCGUGCUUAGAUGAUGAGAGACCACAUCAAGCUUUUGCUAGAGCCCGUUUAGAGUCUUUUUUUGAGCGUAAUAAUUGA